CGACGCGACGAAGGCACCACAAGCAGCUUGGUAACCAGACGUCGAAGCGGGCGCCGCCGAAAGAAAACAAACGAAGAAAAGUGUGUUUGCUGUCGCUUUGGUCCAGCUGAAGAAAUUUAGAAUCUGUUUUGUAAUUUUCCGCCUGCAAAACAGCAAGAUUUCUUCCUAUUUGUGUUCAAUUUAACGUGAAAUCACUGCCACCGAAUGGACAAACAAGCAGAAAGCGAAAAUAUCGCUCCUUCUGGAGGAAAAUCGACGAAGAAUGGCAACGGCAAGGAUAAAGGCAAAGUUCCUCAGCCGGAAAAGCAGUCAUCUUCGCAACAGGCAUCUUCGUCAUCUGGAAAACCGAUCGUCAAACGGAAGCGGAAGCGCGUCAAGGAUGCCAAUGCUCCCAAACAUCCACUCACCGGAUACGUUCGCUACAUGAACGAGAAGCGUGACGCCAUCCGGUUGAAACAUCCUUCACUGUCGGCCGUUGAAAUUACGAAGCUACUCGCCGAAGAGUGGGGAACACUUUCGGACGAGGUAAAGAAACCAUUCCUGGAAGCAGCUGAAGCCGAUCGCGUUCGUUACCACCGGGAGGUCACAGUCUACAAGCAAAAUAACGAAACCUCCUCGACCAACAAAAAGCCCAAAACCAAUGGAAGCGAUUCGGAUCCCGGCAAGGAGGUGCCCUAUCUCAACGGCAAGGAGGAAAGGCAGCGGGAGAUUCGUGUCGGGGACUACGAGAUACCGAUUUUCACCGAAGAUUUCCUAGAGCACAACAAGGUUAUCGAUUCGGAGCUGAGAAUGCUGCGCAAGUCGAACAUUGACUACGAACAGCAGAACUCGGUGCUGGAGAAGCACGUCGAGAACAUGGACAACGGAAUCCAGAAGUUGGAAAACGAAACGAACAGCUUGAAGACGCGGAAUGCGGUUCUGCAAAGUUACCUACAGAAGCUCAAAACGGUUCUGGCCGGGGCGUUGGCGGGGCUGCCGAUCGGAUCUGGAAAGGAAGGCGCCACGGUGGACAAUAUCGACAAGUACAUGGGUGAAUUGCACCAGAUGGCCAAAUCGAACAGCCAUGGACACGCGUUGAACAAGGCUAAGGAUAUCAUCCGGAAGCUGGAUCUGCAGAGUUUGGCCACGUAAGAGAAAGAGCCAAGUAUUGGUUGUGCUGGAGUGGGUGCAGUGUAGCAAUGCAAGUUUAUGUUGUAAGCCAUUCGGAUUUUAGUUUGUUGUAAUUUUUCUUUGUCAUUUGACAUUCGCCAACUGGUCUCGUGGUCGAACUGUAUCGAAUAUAUCUAGAAUAGAUGCGUAAAGUUA